AUGAUAACUAAUUCGCAAGCUCUGUCCAGCCUCUCGUCCCAGUCCCCCCCGACCUCCCCCCCCGUCGCCGCCCCCCCAGCGGAGCCCUGCCCCCCCCCGCCCCCCCGCCUGCCCCCGUCCCGGCCGGACCACCUUGACCUGUCGCUGCGCAGCACCGAGGGGCUCGGCCAAUCACAGGAAGGGGAGGGCGACCCCCUGGACCAAUCGGUGGAGGGGGAGGAGGAGCUGGGCGGACGGGUGGAUGCGAGGGCGUGGCCUGAGGGCCGGCAGGUGCUGACUCACCUGGUGGAGGGCUUCGUCAUCAAGGAGGGUCUCCAGCCGUUUCCGCCAACGGGGACCAAUGGGAAGGAAGAGUUCCCUGUGAAGGAAGCGGUACCGCCGGCGGGACCCACGACGGAUUCGGAGGAGGAGGAGGAGGAGGAGGGGGGGGGAAGGGACGCGGACGAGAUAGAGACCGGGCCCAGAGACAGGGCUGUGCUCCACUGUCAGUUCUGCGGGAAGAGAGGCCAGGCCCACAGCUUCAUGCGUUCCAAACGCUUCUGUUCCACUUCCUGUGCCCGAGGGUUCAACGUGCGCCUGACCAAGCGUCUGCCUCUGAGCGCGGGCAGCCGGUCAGAGAGACCCCGCCCCGUCCUGAACCGGGCCUCCUCCGUGCCCGGGAAACCCCUGCUCCUCAGACUGCCUCGAGACCUGUGGAGCACCAGCCGCCGGGAAAAGAGCGAACGGCGGGAGGAGGAGAAGAGACGGAAAGCGGAGGAAGAGGAGGAGGAGCAGCAGGAGGAGGAGGUGGAGGAGCAGGACGUCGACGACGACAACGAAGAAGACGAGGAGGAGGAGGAGGAAGAGGAGGACGAGGAGGAGGAAGAGGAGAGGGACGACCCGUCGUUCUCGGCGACCACGAAGCCCAGCGAGUGUCGCCCGGCGCGGCGCCCGCGGAGGGCGUCGGAGCCCGCCGUCACCACGGCAACGCCCACCUCCACCUUCAAGCCCCGCCCCUCGGCGUGGAGCGUGGAGGACGUCACCGCCUUCAUCCACACGCUGCCAGGGUGCAGCGAGGUGGCCGAGGGCUUCAGGCUCCAGGAGAUCGACGGCCAGGCGCUGCUCCUGCUGACCGAAGACCACCUGAUGACCAGCAUGAACAUCAAGCUGGGCCCCGCCCUCAAGAUCUGCGCCCACAUCAACGCCCUCAAGAACCAAUGAGGGGGCCGAGCCGCCUGACUGACAGGAGGGGGCGGGGCUAGGAGAAGAUGUGGAUGAUGAUGAUGAAUAAACAAGUGCACAAAAGGAGGAGAGGGAGAAAAGGGGUGGGGUUUAAAGUUAUUGUGGGCGGGGCCCCGGACACCAGUGAUGACUAUGGGGAGAUAAACAUCAAAAGACAGAAAGAAUUCAGAUUUGUUUUAAUUUAUAUUGACCGGGGAUGAGAAGGGAGGUUUUUAUAGAGGGGUUGGAGGGGAAGACGGCGGCGAUCAACGAAAAUGAAUCUGUGGCUGGAUCUAAAGAUGUUUUUUUUUUUUAUCUUUGUGUAUAUUUUACAACGCAGCUGGAGAGUGUAAAUUUGAAGCUUUCACGGAAGGAUUUUGAACAUUUUAAUAUAUAAAUUUGUCUAUUUAGUUUUUUUAGAACCUGAGUCCCAACGACGAAGCUAUCCAGUAGAGAACAUAACCUGUGUGUGUAAAAGAAAAAAAAUGAAGUAGACUUUGUAAGUUAUUAAUCAAAGUUUAAUGUUUUAUAUCUCUGUAACCUCUGGACAAAAAUAUGUCUGUCACUAUCAGGGUCCAGACCCAUGUCUUUAAUGGUCACAUUUUUAUCGUAUCAUGCUCAAAUUAUUUAAUAAAUCAAGAAUUAAUCCAUCAGA